UAAUAAAAUAUACAUACAGAUAGUCCGUGAAGAAAUAACCCCGAAAAUUAUCCACAGCAACCACUCACACCACCCAGAAAAACCGAUAAUAAUUUUUUUUCAAAAUUUCAAUGGCUUCUGCUGCAGCUGCAACUACUAUUAAUGUAUCUACUCUUUCUAAUAAUAAGCUGUCACUUGUGUGCAGCAGCAGCAGUAUACACUACUCCAGGAAGUCAACAACAUCACACUUAUCAUCCUCCUCAUUUCCUCUUUCAAUAUCUACAUCUUCUUCGUUUUUCAAUACUAAACGUCUCCCACUAAAUCGUUUCUUUCCUUCUUCUUCUUCACACGACGAAACUAACGACGCCGUCGUCACCGACGACCCUCCUCAGGCGGAAGAUACAACAACAACUACAGAGGACGAUGAAAUUGACGGUGCAGACAAAAGUUCCCCUGCAUCCAUAUUAGCAGCACUUGAGUCAUACAAAGAGGCCUUGGCAGAUAACGACGCCUCAAAACUAUCUCAAAUCGAAUCUCAUUUCAAGUCCCUUGAAGAAGAUAAGCUAGUUCUGAAAACACAACUGGCGACAUUAUCGGAAGAACUUUCUAGUGCGAAAGAUCGGGUCCUUAGGAUAAGUGCAGACUUUGACAAUUUUAGAAAAAGGACAGAAAGGGAACGGAUUUCGUUGGUUGCAAACGCACAAGGCGAAGUCGUUGAGAAUCUUUUGCCGGUUUUGGAUAAUUUCCAACGAGCUAAAGCUGCUAUCAAAGUUGAGAAUGAGAAAGAGGAGACAAUUAAUAAUAGUUACCAGAGCAUUUACAAGCAAUUUGUGGAGAUAUUAAACUCUCUUGGUGUGGUUCCUGUCGAAACAACUGGACAGCCUUUUGAUCCUUUGCUGCAUGAAGCGAUUAUGCGUGAAGAGUCAACUGAAUUUGAGGAAGGUGUGGUAAUUCAAGAAUUUCGAAAAGGGUUCAGAAUUGGUGAUAGACUUUUACGUCCGUCAAUGGUAAAAGUUUCCGCUGGCCCCGGACCUGAAGACAGCGAACCAGUGAGCCCAUCAGAACCAGAAGCUCAAGCUACAAGUCAAGAGUCGUUGGAGGAAUCAGAGGAUGUUGACCAAUCAGAACCAUCUCCGGCUGACGACGAAUGAUACAUUCAAUAUAACUCGGUUCGUGAACACAUUAUUUACUUGGCAGGAGGGGUGUGACAUGCCUUUGCCUCCUGUAGUUAGGGAUUGAAAUCGGCUUACACAAUGAACUGCCAUUAUAAUGUUUUGGAGAUGUUUAUCUGUUUUAGUUAUUGUAUACUUUGUCCUUUGACUCAUUUACUUUCAGGUUUUGGUGACAAGAUUUAUUUUGAAUACUUUGGGUCCCUAAUCAAAUAUUUGAAGUUCAGCUUGA